GACCAGUUGCCGACGCGCUCAGCUGCGAGACGCGCUUCGGCGUCGAAGAGCUCGUUCCGCUGUGAUGAAGUAAAACAAAAAAAGUAAAAAGACAAAGCUCCCCCUGCUCUUCAUUUCUUCGUGGCAACGAUGCGUCACCAUCCACAAGUCAGCAUGUGAGGAGGAGAAUAGAGCUGCUGGAACGUGCACUCUGUCCUGGCUCUCGUGGCCCUCUCCCAAUGUGAAAACCGGUGGCACCGCGCGUACCUCGUGGGAUUAUGUGUUCUUUCCAGCUUGUCGCUCCUCGCGUUCCUCCUGACACUAGCUCUCGAACGGUUGCUUAGUCUGCACCGGGUCGUCCUCAAGCUCUACCUGAACCUACCCACCGGCUUGGAAUCUUUCCUCUUCAAAGCAGUCUUCGACUCGGAGGAUGACCGGCACCAGGGAUUCUCCCGACGGUUAGCGCUGCUUGAGAAGUAGCCCGUAGUUAUUGCGGCCGAGUGUCCGGCAACUUCGCAGUGCGCUGCCCGUCCUUCCGGAACCAUGGUGCUUGGUGGGAGUUCAUCGUGGCGCCUGGUGCUCGCCCAGGCGAUCCUCUUGUGCUUCGGAAUGUCGUGGUGUUGGGCGACUUCAGUGCCGCGUUUCCAGGGGGUGUCCAUGUACAACGCUACUCACGUGUCCAUCGUGGGUGAGCCCAACGCGACGCGGAAGUUGCUACCGCCGGAGCAGUUUUGCCAGAGUCUGGGCUGCUCUUGCCACCUAGACCAAAGUCUGUCGUGCCAGCUAGAGAGUGAUCGCAUCGCCGCCAUCCCGCAGCUACUCGACCAAGACAGAGCCAACAAGAUCACCGACAUAAACAUCGAAAACCAGAGGAACUUCGUCGAACUCAACGAAGCCCAACUCCAGAUUUACCCGAAGUUGAAGACCUUGACGAUUCACAGAUGUGGCCUCAAAUACGUCUCUCCCAAGGCGUUUUUUCACAACCGAGAUAUUCAAAAAAUUGACCUCAGGUACAACGAGAUUGAAGCCAUCACCUGGACCGCCAUUGAAGGACUAGGCACUAUUGAAUUGUUGAUUAGCGACAACGAGCUGGUGUGCAACUGCAGCGCCAAAUGGAUACAGAUGAAAAUUUUGCAGAACAGCCGAAUCUUCGGCCCCUUGGGCAACAAGAUCGAGUGUCAGCACCCCGACCAGCGCAGCCAGACGUCUCUUCUGUCCAGCUACACCAUCGACGGAUGUGAUGUGCCCGAGGUGGAAGUGGUCAACGUCAGCGCGCGGGUGUACGAGCGCGAGCGCGUGACGCUCACAUGCCGGGGCCGCGGGAAGCCUGCCCCUCGCGUCCACUGGGACACGGCACGGGUGCAGGCGGCACCCUACGAGCUCAAAACUACCUCCUCGGUCGAAGAACAGCACGACGCGGAGGGAAAGCUCAUCGGCACCAUCCAGGUGACCACGACCGAGCUGGUGCUGCACCGCGUCGACGGCACCGCCAACGGCCCCCUGCGCUGCUACGCCGACAACCUGGUGGGACGAUCCAAGGCGGACGUCAACCUCACCAUCUUCACACCUCCCAGGAUAACGUCGAUGAAGAUGGGCAAACGGUUCAAUCAUCACAUUCAGUACGACGUGGUCGCCUACCCCAUGUUCAACUGGAGCUGGUUCAUCAAUGACCGGCCACUGGAACGGGACCCGGAGAAGUACAAUUACAUCCAUCAAAAGACCGACACCGCUUCCUACCGAGGCUUCUUGGAGUUCCUGAGUCCCAUCUCUUCGGUCGCGGGCUUCUACACUCUGGUGGUGGAGAACGAGUUCGGCACGGCCAACGAGACACUCGAGGUCACGUUCCCCGGAAUACCUCACAACAACAAUAACAACCCCCGGCACAGGCCGCCAGUGCCGUCCGGGAAGCCCCGCAUUCAGGAGAGAGAACCAUAUGUCGACGUCGACAUCCAGCAGAUCCCGAUCAUCGUGACGCUGAGCGUGCUCGUGGUGCUGGUGAGCGUGGUGGGUGCGCUGGUCGCCCUGCGCUGGUGCCAGUUCCGCCAGGAGAACUACGCGGCCGACGGCACCCGCUUCUGCGCCUGGCUCUGGCUCUCCAUGCGGCCCGGGGGACGGCGCUGCUUCGACCGCAAGCGCGUGGUGGGCAAGGAGCGCAUCCCACUCAACAUGACCAGGAUGGUCGAGAACCCCAACUACCCCAACUACUUCCAGGACACCAUGAAGAACGGCAAGACAGUAGUUCGCCACAUAGCCCGAGAGAAGAUUAGCUUUAUCCAGUCGCUGGGCGAGGGAGCCUUCGGCCGCGUCUUCCUGGGCACGGUGGACUACCUCACGCCGGACGAGCCUACGACGCUGGUGGCCGUCAAGACCCUCAAGAACAUGAGCGUGGACGAGGCCCGCCUCGACUUCGACCGCGAGGCCGAGUUGCUCACCAACCUGCAGCACGCUAACAUCGUCCGCUUCUAUGGAAUCUCCACCGACGGCGAUCCACUCAUGAUCCUGUUCGAGUACAUGGAGUACGGGGACCUCAACAACUUCCUUAGAGACCGAGGUCCUGACAGCACAGUGCUCGAUCCCAAGAGCAAGCAGGUGCCGCCGCUGAGCAGGGCCGACCUGCUCAAGAUAUCGACCCAGGUGGCCUGUGGCAUGGAGUACCUGGCGUCGCAGCAUUUUGUACACAGAGACCUGGCGACCAGGAACUGUCUCGUCGGAGACAUGCUCGUCGUCAAGAUUGGAGACUUCGGCAUGUCCAGGGAUGUCUACAGCACGGACUACUACCGGGUGGGCCGGCACACAAUGCUCCCUAUCCGGUGGAUGCCCCCGGAGAGCAUCCUCUACCGCAAGUUCACAGUCGAAUCAGACGUGUGGAGCUUCGGCGUCGUCUUAUGGGAGAUCUUCGCCCUUGGGAAACAGCCCUGGUACGAGCUGUCCAACCAUGAGGUGAUCCAGCAAGUAACCAGCGGGAAGCUAUUGGGCAAGCCCGACGAGUGCCCCGAAGAGAUCUACCAAAUCAUGCUGUCCUGCUGGAAAGCACAGCCCCAGGACAGGAGUCCCAUCAAGGUCUUGCACGAGCAGCUCGACCACUUUUGCAAGGCUGAGUCCGAAUACAUGCCUAUCAUCGAGUGAUCUCUGUUGUGAUAAACUCUCGCUUGAAAGCAACAACCAACAAGCGCUGCAAAUGAAAACCUCUAGCACAACUCUUCCAGACUGCUGACAGCGCCGUGUCUCCGUGAUUAUGAACUGGACGAUACUGAAGACUCUGAUCGGCUUCGGUACGAGGUCGACUGGUGCGUGGGGACAGAUUCGCUGUCUACUGUGCGAUCUGCAAUGAGUUUUGGUACCCUCUUUUGUGGUGCUUUCGUUUUCGUUCCAACGAUUGUAAAUGUUAUACUCUAGCUGGGGCUUCCCCCGUAGGAGCAAAAAGACCGUGUGUGAAGCGCUACCCUGGUAAGCUAAGAGUCAAACACAAAGCGUACGUUGGGCCCGUAAGGCGGCUUGCAUCGCCAUCGUCAUGUACUUUCUUUUUUUUUUUUUUUUU